AUGCUUGCGGACUCAGUGGAAACAAAUGUUGAAUCUAAGUGUGAUGCUGCUUUUAAGGCCGCUGUUGAUUUAAUACAAAAUAUGCCGAAAAAAGGCGUAAUUAGCAUUUCGGUAAACCAGAAAUUGCGGUUUUAUUCAUUAUUUAAGCAGGGAGUUAACGGAACAUGUAACGUUCCAUGUCCACCACUUUGGCGCGCUGUUGAUCGUAUGAAAUGGCGAGCUUGGAAUGCUCUCGGAUCAAUGGAUUCCUUGGAAGCGAAAAAAAUUUAUGUCACCGAAUUAAAAGAUAUUAUCAAUCGUGUGCAACAUGAGUAUGAUGUAGCAGAAUUGACAAAAGAAAGCGACGAGCGAACGAAAGAGUUACUAAAAGAAAAACUUACUGUCCUUGGAUAUGAUGUAAGUGUCUUAAGAAUGAGAGAAGAUCUGGAUGAUUUUGAAAAGCAAUCAUGCAAUACGGCUGAGGGAAACUACGAAAUGAAAAAACAUACAAGUAGUAAUGGAACUAAUGAACUAUCCGAUCAGUGUUCAGAAUCGAGCACCUCUACCGGAGAAUAUGUCGAUGCAGUUUGCUGCAAUCAUGAACCAUGUGUUUGCUGCCGGAGACAACCACCUAAUCAAAGGACUGAUCCCAUGAAUGGUCGUCAUUCUUUCUCUUCUACUUUCGAUUCAGAAAACUUGAAAAUAUUUAUGCAGCGACAUCUGAAGAUAAUCAGGACUACACAACGACGACCAUCCGGUAGCAUCCCUCCUAGAGCUGCAUCCAAAAUAGCAAAUCAACCGCAUUCCCUACGGUUCAGUCCCGUUUGUUCAACCAGUUUCUUAUCACGCCAACCAGCACGUGAAGCAAAUUUCUACAAUCAGAUGUUAUUAUGGCAUCGUCAUCGACAAGCAAAGCCGAUACGAAAACGGCGCUUCCAGCUCGCAAUGAACGCGUUAAAGAAGAGAGCUUCUAAUGUCAAGCAUCAGAUUGCUGUAAUAAUUCAAUGUUUUAUAGACACGAAUGUACAGCUAUUGUUAACGAGGAUCGAUAAUUUAGAACAAAUGAAAGGAGUAGUCAGUGAAACAUUGCUGGAUGUUGUUGAUAAACGAAUAGCGUAUCCCAAGAUGAUUACUUCAUACGUUUCUGAGGCUGGGAAAUUCAGAAUAAAAAGAAUGGAAGAAGCAGAAUUGGUUUGGCAAACGGAAUCUAUGGGAAAAAGGGAUGUCGAAAAGAUGAUGGAGAUAAUUAAUAAAGUGAAAGAAACUGAAAAGGAAAACGAUGCAUUUUUACAUCGUCUUGAGGAGGUCUGA